GCUAGUCACCGGCCCCUGCUCAAGAAUGCCAGUGUGUGUGUAGCCUCCGCAGAGAGGUCGUUUUCUCGGAGUCCAGAGGGGCCGCCUGAGCUUCUGAGAACUAGGGAGGAGCCAUCCCAGCCAUGAGCCCCUGUGGGAAUCUGCUGGGGGCCAAGUGGCCUGGAGUCCUCAGGCUCCCCCAGCUGCUCCGGAGGGAGAGGUGAGCUCAGGGCAGCCUGCCUGCAGCCAGAGGUGCCGGGAGCCCCGGGCCUGUCAUGGUGGCCAUCUACAGCCAGCCUGAGGCAGUCACAGACGGAUUUGCAGCUGAGCCUGUCUAUCUGGUGUGGGAAGAAGAUGGGGAGUUACUUGUCAGUCCCGGCUUACUUCACCUCCAGAGACUUAUUUCGGUGUUCAGAAUGCCAGGAUUCCCUCACCAACUGGUACUAUGAGAAGGAUGGGAAGCUCUACUGCCCCAAGGACUACUGGGGGAAGUUUGGGGAGUUCUGUCAUGGGUGCUCCCUGCUGAUGACAGGGCCUUUUAUGGUGGCUGGGGAGUUCAAGUACCACCCAGAGUGCUUUGCCUGUAUGAGCUGCAAGGUGAUCAUUGAGGAUGGGGAUGCAUAUGCACUGGUGCAGCAUGCCACCCUCUACUGUGGGAAGUGCCACAAUGAGGUGGUGCUGGCACCCAUGUUUGAGAGACUCUCCACAGAGUCUGUUCAGGAGCAGCUGCCCUACUCUGUCACGCUCAUCUCCAUGCCAGCCACCACUGAAGGCAGGCGGGGCUUCUCCGUGUCCGUGGAGAGUGCCUGCUCCAACUACGCCACCACUGUGCAAGUGAAAGAGGUCAACCGGAUGCACAUCAGUCCCAACAAUCGCAAUGCCAUCCACCCUGGGGACCGCAUCCUGGAGAUCAAUGGGACCCCCGUCCGCACACUUCGAGUGGAGGAGGUGGAGGAUGCAAUUAGCCAGACGAGCCAGACACUUCAGCUGUUGAUUGAACAUGACCCUGUCUCCCAACGCCUGGACCAGCUGCGGCUGGAGGCCCGGCUUGCUCCUCACAUGCAGAAUGCUGGACACCCCCACGCCCUCAGCACCCUGGACACCAAGGAGAAUCUGGAGGGGACACUGAGGAGACGUUCCCUGAGGCGCAGUAACAGUAUCUCCAAGUCCCCUGGCCCCAGCUCCCCAAAGGAGCCCCUGCUGUUCAGCCGUGACAUCAGCCGCUCAGAAUCCCUUCGUUGUUCCAGCAGCUAUUCACAGCAGAUCUUCCGGCCCUGUGACCUAAUCCAUGGGGAGGUCCUGGGGAAGGGCUUCUUUGGGCAGGCUAUCAAGGUGACACACAAAGCCACGGGCAAAGUGAUGGUCAUGAAAGAGUUAAUUCGAUGUGAUGAGGAGACCCAGAAAACUUUUCUGACUGAGGUGAAAGUGAUGCGCAGCCUGGACCACCCCAAUGUGCUCAAGUUCAUUGGUGUGCUGUACAAGGAUAAGAAGCUGAACCUGCUGACAGAGUACAUUGAGGGGGGCACACUGAAGGACUUUCUGCGCAGUAUGGAUCCGUUCCCCUGGCAGCAGAAGGUCAGGUUUGCCAAAGGAAUCGCCUCCGGAAUGGCCUAUUUGCACUCCAUGUGCAUCAUCCACCGGGAUCUGAACUCGCACAACUGCCUCAUCAAGUUGGACAAGACUGUGGUGGUGGCAGACUUUGGGCUGUCACGGCUCAUAGUGGAAGAGAGGAAAAGGCACCCCAUGGAGAAGGCCACCACCAAGAAACGCACCUUGCGCAAGAACGACCGCAAGAAGCGCUACACGGUGGUGGGAAACCCCUACUGGAUGGCCCCUGAGAUGCUGAACGGAAAGAGCUAUGAUGAGACGGUGGAUAUCUUCUCCUUUGGGAUCGUUCUCUGUGAGAUCAUUGGGCAGGUGUAUGCAGAUCCUGACUGCCUUCCCCGAACACUGGACUUUGGCCUCAACGUGAAGCUUUUCUGGGAGAAGUUUGUUCCCACAGAUUGUCCCCCAGCCUUCUUCCCGCUGGCCGCCAUCUGCUGCAGACUGGAGCCUGAGAGCAGAGCCCCCCUGGGGCCGCAGGAGAGGGCCCGGGCUGCGCGGAUGAUGAGGGCCCAGUGAGGCGCCAAGGGAAGGUCACCAUCAAGUAUGACCCGAAGGAGCUACGGAAGCGCCUCAACCUAGAGGAGCGGAUCCUGGAGCAGCUCACGCGCCUCUACGACUGCCAGGAAGAGGAGAUCUCAGAACUGGAGAUUGACGUGGAUGAGCUCCUGGACUUGGAGAGUGACGAUGCCCGGGCUGCCAGGGUCAAGGAGCUGCUGGUUGACUGUUACAAACCCACAGAGGUCUUCAUCUCUGGCCUGCUGGACAAGAUCCGGGCCAUGCAGAAGCUGAGCACACCUCAGAAGAAGUGAGGGUCCCCGACCCAGGCGAACGGUGGCUCCCAUACGACAAUCGCUGCCCCCCCGACCUCGUAGCAACAGCAAUACCGGGGGACCCUGCGGCCAGGCCUGGUUCCAUGAGCAGGGCUCCUCGUGCCCCUGGCCCAGGGGUCUCUUCCCCUGCCCCCUCAGUUUUCCACUUUUGGAUUUUUUUAUUGUUAUUAAACUGAUGGGACUUUGUAUUUUUAUAUUGACUCUGCGGCACGGGCCCUUUAAUAAAGCGAGGUAGGAUACGCCUUUGGUGCAGCUCAAAAAAAAAAAAAAAUGAUUUCCAGCGGUCCACAUUAGAGUUGAAAUUUUCUGGUGGGAGAAUCUAUACCUUGUUCCUUUAUAGGCCAAGGACCGCAAUCCUUCAGUAACACCACUGUAAGAGCUUGAGGAGAAAUUGUGAAGCUACACAGUAUUUGUUUUCUAAUACCUCUUGUCAUUCUAAAUAUCUUUAUUAAAAAAUAUAUAUAUACAGUAUUGAAUGCCUACUGUGUGCUAGGUACAGUUCUAAACGCUUGGGUUACAGCAGCGAACAAAAUAAAGGUGCUUACCCUCAUAGAACAUAGAUUCUAGCAUGGUAUCUACUGUAUCAUACAGUAGAUACAAUAAGUAAACUAUAUUGAAUAUUAGAAUGUGGCAGAUGCUAUGGAAAAAGAGUCAAGACAAGUAAAGACGAUUGUUCAGGGUACCAGUUGCAAUUUUAAAUAUGGUCGUCAGAGCAGGCCUCACUGAGGUGACAUGACAUUUAAGCAUAAACAUGGAGGAGGAGGAGUAAGCCUGAGCUGUCUUAGGCUUCCGUGGCAGCCAAGCCAUUUCCGUGGCACUAGGAGCCUGGUGUUUCCGAUUCCACCUUUGAUAACUGCAUUUUCUCUAAGAUAUGGGAGGGAAGUUUUUCUCCUAUUGUUUUUAAGUACUAACUCCAGCUAGUCCAGCCUUGUUAUAGUGUUACCUAAUCUUUAUAGCAAAUACAUGAGGUACCGGUAACAUUAUGCCCAUUUCUCACAGAGGCACUACUAGGUGAAGGAGUUUGCCUGACGUUAUACAACCAGGAAGUAGCUGAGCCUAGAUUCCUUCCACCCACCCCAUGGCCCUGCUGAUAUUCCACCUGCCUCUAAUUUACCUCUUUUCCUUCUAGACCAGCAUUCUCGAAACUGGAGGACUCCUUUGAGGCCCUCUCCCUAUACCUGGGGGAGCUGGGCAUCCCGCUGCCUGCAGAGCUGGAGGAGUUGGACCACACUGUGAGCAUGCAGUACGGCCUGACCCGGGACUCACCUCCCUAGCCCUGGCCCAGCCCCCUGCAGGGGGGUGUUCUACAGCCAGCAUUGCCCCUCUGCGCCCCAUUCCUGCUGUGAGCAGGGCCGUCCGGGCUUCCUGUGGAUUGGCGGAAUGUUUAGAAGCAGAACAAGCCAUUCCUACUACCUCCCCAGGAGGCAAGUGGGCGCAGCACCAGGGAAAUGUAUCUCCACAGGUUCUGGGGCCUAGUUACUGUCUGUAAAUCCAAUACUUGCCUGAAAGCUGUGAAGAAGAAAAAAAACCCUGGCCUUUGGGCCAGGAGGAAUCUGUUACUCGAAUCCACCCAGGAACUCCCUGGAGUGGAUUGUGGGAGGCUCUUGCUUACACUAAUCAGCGUGACCUGGACCUGCUGGGCAGGAUCCCAGGGUGAACCUGCCUGUGAACUCUGAAGUCACUAGUCCAGCUGGGUGCAGGAGGACUUCAAGUGUGUGGACGAAAGAAAGACUGAUGGCUCAAAGGGUGUGAAAAAGUCAGUGAUGCUUCCCCUUUCUACUCCAGAUCCUGUCCUUCCUGGAGCAAGGUUGAGGGAGUAGGUUUUGAAGAGUCCCUUAAUAUGUGGUGGAACAGGCCAGGAGUUAGAGAAAGGGCUGGCUUCUAUUUACCUGCUCACUGGCUCUAGCCAGCCCAGGGACCACAUCAAUGUGAGAGGAAGCCUCCACCUCAUGUUUUCAAACUUAAUACUGGAGACUGGCUGAGAACUUACGGACAACAUCCUUUCUGUCUGAAACAAACAGUCACAAGCACAGGAAGAGGCUGGGGGACUAGAAAGAGGCCCUGCCCUCUAGAAAGCUCAGAUCUUGGUUUCUGUUACUCAUACUGGGGUGGGCUCCUUAGUCAGAUGCCUAAAACAUUUUGCCUAAAGCUCGAUGGGUUCUGGAGGACAGUGUGGCUUGUCACAGGCCUAGAGUCUGAGGGAGGGGAGUGGGAGUCUCAGCAAUCUCUUGGUCUUGGCUUCAUGGCAACCAUUGCUCACCCUUCAACAUGCCUGGUUUAGGCAGCAGCUUGGGCUGGGAAGAGGUGGUGGCAGAGUCUCAAAGCUGAGAUGCUGAGAGAGAGCUCCCUGAGCUGGGCCAUCUGACUUCUACCUCCCAUGUUUGCUCUCCCAACUCAUUAGCUCCUGGGCAGCAUCCUCCUGAGCCACAUGUGUAGGUACUGGAAAACCUCCAUCUUGGCUCCCAGAGCUCUAGGAACUCUUCAUCACAACUAGAUUUGCCUCUUCUAAGUGUCUAUGAGCUUGCACCAUAUUUAAUAAAUUGGGAAUGGGUUUGGGGUAUUAAUGCAAUGUGUGGUGGUUGUAUUGGAGCAGGGGGAAUUGAUAAAGGAGAGUGGUUGCUGUUAAUAUUAUCUUGUUUUAUCUAUUGGGUGGUAUGUGAAAUAUUGUACAUAGACCUGAUGAGUUGUGGGACCAGAUGUCAUCUCUGGUCAGAGUUUACUUGCUAUAUAGACUGUACUUAUGUGUGAAGUUUGCAAGCUUGCUUUAGGACUGAGCCCUGGACUCCCAGCAGCAGCACAGUUCAGCAUUGUGUGGCUGGUUGUCCUGGCUGUCCCCAGCAAGUGUAGGAGUGGUGGGCCUCAACUGGGCCAUUGAUCAGACUAAAUAAAUUAAGCAGUUAACAUAACUGGCAA